CAGUCCCGACAGCAGCUUGCCCGUCCGGGCAUGGCAGCGGCCCGGCGCUGAGCUCUGCCGAGCCCCCGGUGCCGGGGCCAUGCCUCCCCAGGAGCUCCUGGACUACUCGCCCGCCCUGCGGAGACAUAGCCCAACUCGAGGCAGCGGUCCAGAGCUGGGUAUCAAGUGCGUGUUGGUGGGCGAUGGCGCCGUGGGCAAGACCAGCCUGGUCGUCAGCUACACCACCAACGGGUACCCCGACGAGUACCAGCCCACCGCCCUCGACACCUUCUCCGUGCAGGUCCUGGUGGAUGGAGCCCCAGUCCGGAUCCAGCUGUGGGACACUGCGGGACAGGAGGACUUUGACUGCUUGCGCUCGCUUUGUUACCCCGACACCGACGUCUUCCUUGUCUGCUUCAGUGUGGUAAACCCAAGCUCCUUCCAGAACAUUACUGAGAAAUGGAUCCCUGAGAUACGAACUCACAACCCCCGGGCACCAGUGCUGCUAGUGGGGACACAGGCAGACUUGCGGGACGAUGUUAAUGUCCUCAUCAGCCUGGAUCGCUACCACGUGAAGCCUGUGCCUCGGCCUCAGGCAGAAGGUCUGGCUGACAAAAUCCGGGCUGAGGCCUACCUGGAAUGCUCAGCACUGACCCAGAAGAACCUCAAAGAAGUCUUUGACAUGGCCAUUGUCAGUGGUGUUGAGCACAAAGCACGGCAGGAAAAGAAGAUGACUGCCAAAGGCAUCAAAACUCUCUCCAAAUGCCGCUGGAAGAAGUUCUUUUGCUUUGUCUGAAGCCACUUUGAGAAGGUACAAAAGGAAAUGCCAAAUGCCAGUAAUGGCUCUGCACCUUCUUGGAGUGACUGCUCCUAUGGCCCCAGUGAGGAGGGCAUGAUAAGCUGCUGGGCUUGGAAACCUGGCUCUUGCUGGGUUACAGUGUCAGAUGCCUAGGAGACAUGAACUGGAUUUCCAUUGUGCCAGGAUGUGGAAUGGUCCAGGCAGCUCUAAGUAUCUGCUGGACAUGUCUGUAGCAUCCCAGAUUAAUGGGAGCCUUUAACACACCCAGACUCAGUACCCUAGAGCAGGCAGGUUCCUUACAUUGCUCAAAAAGAGCAGGUUUCUGUCUUGAGCUAACACAUGUCGAGUCCUGACAUAGCAUAGUAAAUGCAGAGGACUUCUGAAGUCUGCCUAUGUCUGGCUGAUUUGCAGGUUUGGCAGAGAGCAGGCAGGGGCAGUCACAGGUGACUGAAGUGUGGUCAGACACGGGCUGCAGGGUUUGAAACAUGAAACUUGGAUUCCCUCUCUGGUUCUGACUCUUUAAAGGCUCUGUCUCUUGAGUACCCUUGAAAAGAUUUUUUCCCAAGUAAAGGCCAUUAGCAGGCUGAAGAGAAAAAUACACUGGGAGCUACAGCAGUUCUUCAGCCAUAAUUUUCUCUGAGAGGGCUCCAUAGUCCAGUGGGUUACAGUCCUGUAGUCCUGUCUUAAGAGGUAGUUGUGAACUUAGGGACCUAUUUUGAAAGGCCUUUAUUGUGUGUGGUGUUUUGAGAGAAGGAACAAGUGAGGAACAGUGAUGAGUGGCUCCAUCUUUCUAGCAGAGACAAAACUCUGCGAGUGAAGAGUUUGUAACAGUACCAAGGGGUGAAAUGUGGGUGGAGAGCCAUGCAUGUAGUGAAAGGAGAAGAGAGAAGGAAGAAAAGACAGGGAAUAAAAAGGAAAAAGAGAGAUGGAAGGAAAAAAAAAGGAGAUGGGCAAGCAAAGAAGAAAGAGUAUUGUUAAAUGAAAGCUGUGAUUCUGCUUAGUUGAGAUGCCAGUAUUUGGGGAAUCUUCUAGGGACUUGGAAGAUUUACUGGUGAUCUCUAUUUCAAAGAGUAUAAUAUUGUCCACACCUUAAGUUCUGAAUCAAAAGGGUAUCACAGUGAAAGAGAGAGAGAGAAGGAGAUUGUUCCUCGCAGUCAGCAAAAUCCUCCAUUUCAGAUCUACACAGAAGAAUGGAAUUGACCUUUUACUGUUCUUUCUGAGGCUGCAGAACAGGAACA